AAAAGACAGGAAAAAACAAUGGCGUGCAGGAGCAUGCUUCGUUCAGCCAUGAUUGUGGAACCAUUGCAAUUUCAAUUCCAAUUCCAAUUCCAAUUCAAACCCUUACUUUUUAAUUUGAAACCGAAUAAGAGAGGAGGAUUUCGCUGCAGAACUAUUAAGGCUCGUCCAUUUCAUCGUGGUAAUGGAGUUCUCCGUUGCUCUCGUAACGAUACACCGUCGUCGUCUUUUCAUGACGAUCAAGGUCCUCCUCAAGAAGCUGUGUUGAAGGCCAUUUCAGAGGUAUCUAAGACAGAAGGAAGGAUUGGACAAACUACGAAUAUGGUUAUUGGAGGAACUGUAACGGAUGAUUCUACUAAUGAAUGGGUUGCUUUGGACAAAAAGGUGAAUACAUAUCCAACUGUUAGGGGCUUCACUGCAAUAGGAACUGGUGGGGAUGACUUCGUGCAAGCUAUGGUUGUUGCUGUUGAAUCUGUAAUCCAACAGCCAAUUCCCCAGGGGAGUGUGAAGCACAAGGUAUCAGCAAGGGGUAAAUAUGUGUCUGUAAACAUUGGGCCAGUCCAAGUUGUUUCCAGCGAACAGGUCCAAGCUGUAUAUAAUGCUAUGAGGAGGGAUGACAGGAUGAAAUACUUUUUAUAGUAUGUUAGAUUGUGUAUAGGAUGUGGUGUUUCCAAUUGAUAUAUUGACAUGCCUGCUUUCUAGUGGUUAGGCUGAUUUUGUUCUUUGAUUAAUCCACGAUAUCGUUAUAAUUCAGUGCAAAUUGGAUCUCUUCUGUAUUUUAUGAAGAUGUAACUUAACUUAGUAUGACUUGUUUCCAAUAAUUAUUUUAUGAUUAUAGACAUUAUUAUUUUAUAGUGCAUGUAAA